UGAUAAUCGAGUCAUAGAAAGAAAUAUAAAUUUGAACAGAUGCAUAAUCCACGUGAAUGCGCUUUUUGUAGGUACUUUUGAACGCCCGUACCUUCCUCGCUUCGCAAGUCCAUAAUCGUCACGGCAGUUAUCUCGGUCAAAUGGACUUUUACCCGACGCCAUUCUUCGAAUGUCGUACACGCCGAGUUCGAGACACCAAGAGAACGUGUCUACGUACCCGCGUUACCUGGUUUUUCUGUCUAUCCAUCCGUCCACGCCAGCUCGGGGAGAAUCCAAAGGAUUUGAUUAUGGAGUAGGCGAGCGGACUGUUCCCGUCCGCGGCUCGUAAGUGUACGACCGCGUCGCGACGUCGAUCUAGAAAGGCCACCAAGGAACCCCGUUCGUCGCGUAUUCGACGCAGCCAGAUGGAUUCGAGCCGUAUUGAAGUUAAUAACGUAUCGCCCACGCGCGACAGCAGCGCUUUAACCACCCACGCGAUUUCUUCCUCGGACCGGAUAAAGAAGCCGACGGAUCCCAAGCAACCUCAGAGGCUGGUCUCUACAGUGAAAUCAGACGCUAACUCCUGCCUCGCACCUCUUCCCAUGCUCGUACGCGCAGUCACGCAUAUAUGUUUCGUAGAUACGACUCUUUGGAGAAGCGUCGCGAGGUCACCCAUUGGAAAUUCAUCGAUCAAGGAUCGAUUUACCACGCGGACUCUAUUACCAUUUAACCUAACUGUAACAGAGGCAUCCUUAUCUAUUAAUCCUGACUCCGCGGAUUACUACGUCCCAGGCAAUGCUUUAUUAAAACACGACCUCGAGAACACCACGUAGGACUGGUGAGAUCCUUCGGUUCCGAGUCUCCCGCGAGAGUCAAGUUUACCUGCAUCCCGUGGUGCAGGGCCAUGCCUUGGAGGGGCCCGUUGAUUUCAAGAUCUAUAGCACACAAGGUAGCCCGACGACCGGCUGGCUCUCUGAUCGUGCUUGCGAGGUAUGGUAUCAGGGACAGCAGGUACCCGUCGACGGUGACGUUGGGUGCGCGACGUAGACUUAGGACGUCAUCGUCAAGUCUUUGACAGUGCGAUGGAGACAUGCAGAAACGAGAGGGAAGUACU